GGAGAAAAAAACACGGCAGUCACAGGAAACCGAAGAGGAGGACGAUGACGGAGAGGAGAAGAAAUCAAAGUCGAGAAGGAAAGGUAAGAUCAGCACUCCAGAUUGUGCCACAAAGAAGAAAUACAAACACGCUGAGGACACAGAAUCGCUCAGCGAUGCAUCCGAGGUGAAAAAGAAGAAGAAGAAGAAGAAGAAGAAGACCUCAAGGCAGGAGGAUGAGGAGGUGAAGAGUAGUGAAGAUGAACACCAGAACCUUCCAGAUGUCAUUCAAGUGAGCAAAAAGAGCACAAAGAAGAAUCAAAACCCUGCGGAGAGCAUCAUGGGAUCCAAAGACAAGAAGUCCAAGGAUGAGGGGAAGAAGAAGAAGAAAGCCGAGAAAGAAGAAUCAGAGGAGGAGGAUGACGACUCCCAGAAGAAGAAGAAGAAGAAGUCCAAGAAAGGAGCCGAUGAUAGCGAUGACGAGGGCAAGAAGGGAAAGGGCAAGAAGAAGAAAUCCAAAAACGUUGAUUAUGUGGAGAUUUAUGAGAACGAGCUGAGAAACUACGAGCCUGAGAAAGUGGAGAACUAUGAAGAUGAGUACCACAAGAAAAAAGUCUAUGAGGUGGUGACCAUCACCGGAGAUGUCAACGGAGCCGGAACGGACGCCAACAUCUUCAUCACACUCUUCGGCGAAUAUGGCAUCACUCCCAAACUGCAUCUGGCCAGCAAAAAUCGAACUGCUUUUGAAAAAAACAAAACUGAUGUCUUCCGGAUAAAAACACACAAUGUCGGCCCUUUGAAAAAAAUUAGGAUUGAACAUGAUAACACGGGUCUGAACGCCAGCUGGUUUCUGGACCGGGUCGUGGUCACCGACAUGAACAGACCGCAUUUACGCUUCUACUUCGCCUGCAACAACUGGCUGAGCAGAACCGAAGGGGACAGCCUGUUCGUCCGAGACCUGCUGGGUAGUCUGGACCCCAUGGACAUGCCCAAAUAUAAUAAAUAUGUUGUGAGCGUGUUCACAGCUGACGUGAAAGGCAGUGGGACAGAUGCUGAUGUCUUUCUCAACAUUUUUGGAGAAAAUGGUGAUACAGGAGAGAGAAGACUAGACAAUGAUAAAAACAACUUUGAGAGGGGAACCGAAGACAAGUUCACCAUAGAGGCUCCGAACCUGGGCAGAGUGAGGAAAAUAACCAUCGGACACAACAACAGGGGAUCCUCGGCUGGAUGGUUUGUGGAAAAGGUCAUAGUGGAUGAUUUGGGAAACAAGGCCAUGUACGAGUUUCCCAUCGGCCGCUGGUUUGCCAUCGAUGAGGAUGAUGGGAAGAUACAGAGAGAUGUUCUGGUUGGAGGCAGUCAACCCACCGGCAUCGUGUACAACGUUCAGGUGGUGACAGGGAAGAUCAGAGGUGCAGGUACCAACUCCAAAAUCCACAUGAUCAUGCACGGCUCCAAAGGAAUGAAGAACAGCGGCAAGAUCUUCCUGGAAGGAGGGAAGUUUGAGCGCGGCCUCACCGACAUCUUUAACGUGGAGAUUGCGGCGCUGCUCAGUCCGCUCAGCCGAGUCACGAUCGGUCACGAUAAUGGAGGCGUCAGUGCCGGCUGGUACUGCGACAAGGUGGUCAUCUUCUGUCCGUUCACUGGCAUCGAGCAGACGUUCCCCUGCUCUAAAUGGCUGGAUGAGGACGAGGCUGACGGGCUCAUCGAGAGGGAACUGUAUGAAAUGGUGUCGCUCAGGCAGAAGAGGCAAAAAAAGCAUCCCUGGUCUCUCUGGAUCUGGACGUCAGAUCUUCCAGGCGCGGGAACAGACGCGUCUGUCUUACUCCAGAUAUACGGAGAGAAGGGCAAGUCGGAUGAGAUGAGACUCAACAACAAAACCGAUAACUUUGAGCAGGGCCAGCUGGACAAGUUCAUGGUUGAACUACCGGAUCUUGGGAAGCUGUUUAAACUGAGAAUCUGGCAUGAGAAGAGAAAUCCCUUCGCCGGCUGGCAUUUAAGUCGAAUGUCCAUAAUGAAAACUUUAACAAAGGAAACAUAUAAAUUCCCAUGUGAGCGCUGGCUGGACGCUAAUGAGGACGAUAACGAGGUGGUGCGAGAGCUUCCAGCCACCGGAGAUCUCAUCCCUGAACCUCUGCCACUUAUCAAGUAUCGCAUCACAGUGUACACAGGGAGCGUGAGCGGCGGAGGAACAGAUGCACAUGUGUUUCUGUGUCUGAUCGGGGAUCAGGGCAACACCGGCGACCGCGCUUUGAUCAACUGCAAAAACAACGUCAACAAGUUUGAGAAGGGCAACGCGGAUGAGUUCAUCAUUGAGGCUGUGUCCAUCGGUCAGGUGCGCAGGAUAAGAAUUGGUCACGACGGCCACGGCGGAGGCUGCGGAUGGUUCGUGGAUAAAGCGGUCAUCAGAGAAGAAGGCCAGGCCGAAUCACAGGCCGUCGAGUUCCCAUGCGACAGAUGGUUUGACCACAAUGAAGACGACGGGCAGAUUGUUCGUGAGUUGGUGCCAUCCGCAGACGGACAGAGACUUUACAACGUCAGCUAUCACAUCGCAGUGAAGACGGGAAACGUCAGUGGAGGAAGUUCAGACUCUAAAGUGUUUGUGAAGUUCUACGGUGAGAAGGGAGACACCAGCAGAAUGAUGCUCGUGGUCUCAGACAACAACCUGCGCAAUUACUUCGAGGCGGGCCGGGUGGAUGUUUUCACCGUCGACACCGCUGACAUCGGCCAGAUCAACCGGCUCCUGAUAGGUCACUCUAAUGAAGGGAUGCGUGCUGGCUGGUUUCUGGACAGCGUUCAGAUCAUGGUGCCAAAUCACGGCAAACACUACAUGUUCCCCAGUCACCGCUGGCUGUGCAGAGACGAGGCUGAUGGGAAGACGGAGGUGGAGAUUUACCCCAGUGAAAUACUGGACGUUGAACAAUAAAACACAUAUGAGGUCCAUAUCUUCACGGGAAACAUGAUGGGGGCCGGAAGUGAUGCCAACGUGUUCAUAAACUUCUACGGAGAGAACGGAGAUACUGGAGAACGACCCUUGAGAAAGUCCAAUCAUCUCAACAAAUUUGAACGUGGACAGGAGGACACGUUCUCCAUCACAGCUGUGGAACUGGGGCCUUUGAAGAAACUAAGGAUCCGUCAUGAUAACAGCCAUCAGUCAGCCUGGUACCUAGACAGGGUGGAGAUCGUGGACACUAAAGAUGACACCACGUAUUACUUCCCCUGUAACCGCUGGCUGGCAGUUGAUGAAGAUGAUGGUCAGAUUGCGCGAGAGCUCGUUCCUGUGGAUGAGGCCUUCAUGAGGAAGGACGAGGAUGAGGAGGAGUCUGGGGCCACACUGGGUUUGGAGCAGAAAGCAAUGUCGACAACAUACACAUUGAAGAUCAAGACUGGAGAAAAGAAACACGCUGGAACAGACGCCAAUAUCUUUGCGAUUCUGUAUGGAGAGAAUGACGACACAGGACUCAUUAACCCGAAAGCCUCUAAAUCACACAAAAACAAGUUUGAGAAAGGAAUGAUCGAUGAAUUUAUCGUGGAAGCCGUUGAUCUCGGAGAACUCCAGAAAUUGAGAAUUGGCCAUGACAACUCAGGAGGGUCUGCUGGAUGGUUCCUGGACUGGGUGGAGAUCAAUGCUCCUUCUCAAGGACAGAGGCUUCGUUUCCCAUGUGGCCGCUGGCUGGACACAGGAGAAGACGAUGGAGCUGUUGUCAGAGAUCUGUAUCCAGCGGAGCUACAGACUGAACUUUACACGCCGUUCGUUCCCUAUGAGAUCACCACCUUCACGAGUGACGUGUUCGCUGCGGGGACGGACGCGAAUGUUUUCAUCGUUCUGUACGGUCAGAAGGGUCUGUGUACGCAGCAGAAGUACCUGUGUGUGAACAAGAGAGAACGACGCAUGUACUUCGAGAGAUCAGCAGAAGACAUGUUCAUUGUAGAGCUGGAAGACAUAGGGGAUGUCAUAGAGAAGAUCCGCAUUGGACACGAUAACCAAGGGACGAACCCCGGCUGGCAUCUGGACAGAGUGGAAAUCAGAAGACUUUUGAGGAAAGGAAAGGGUUCGGAGACGACCAUCUUCCCCUGUGAACGCUGGCUGGCCAAGUCUGAGGAUGACGGCGAGACGGUGAGAGAGGUGGUGUCUUCGGAGAUCAUCACGGAGAAGCUGCUGAGAGACGGGACGCUCAAACACAACGAGAUCGAGGUGGAGGAUGCUCUGGAGACUCACACGUAUAAGGUGUCGGUGAGGACGGGGGACAUGCAUGGAGCUGGCACCGAUGCCAAUGUGUUCCUGACCAUCUACGGAGAUCUGGGAGACACCGGAGAACGCAAGCUCAGCAAAUCUGAGAGCAACGGCAACAAGUUUGAGAGAGGAGCCGUUGACAAGUUCAGCAUUGAAGCCGUGGAUCUGGGUCAGGUCUAUAAGAUCAGAAUCCAGCAUGAUAAUUCUCUGGCUGGAGCUGACUGGUAUCUGGAUCAGGUGGAGGUGGUGGAUGUGGAGACAGAAGAGGUUUACAUGUUUCUGUGUGAACGCUGGCUCUCCACUAAGAAAGAGGACAAGCGCAUCGAGAGGACCUUCUUUGUCAAGGGAUACGAGGGUGAGAGGAACCCUCAGAACGCAAAGAAGAACAUGCAGAACUCUAAAGCAGGUCUUGACAGCAACAUGAACAAGAAGAAGAAGAAGAAAAAGGCUGUUAUUAUGGAAGAGGGUCCGAUGAUCCCGUACCACUUCACAGUGUCCACCGGAGACGAUCAUGAUGCCAGCACCACCAGUCGGGUUUACGUUAUCAUCAUGGGGCCCAAUGAUUUAGAAACGGAGCGACUCUGGCUGGAUCUCACUGACGGGAAGACAUGCUUUGCUGCGGGACGAAUGGAGCACUUCAUGUGUUACGGACUAGACGUGGGUGAGAUCAAGAGAGUUGAGUUGGGUCAUAACGGAGCGACUCCCGAGAGCUGCUGGCUGGUGGACGAGCUGUCGGUGGCCGUUCCCACCAAAGGCAUUCAGUAUAGCUUUCUGUGCAAGUGCUGGCUGGCCAAAGACAGAGGAGACGGUCUGACGGCCAGAGUCUUAAACAUACUGGACGCCACCACCAUCAGCAUCAUCCGGAAGGUGGUUUAUGAGGUGACGGUGGUCACGGGUGACACUCAGAAUGCAGGAACGGACACCAACAUCUUCAUAACCGUGUUUGGGGCCAACGGUAGCAUGGAGGAGAUGCUCCUCGCCAAACAUGCGGACAGGUUUGAAAGAGGACAGGAAGACACGUUUAACCUGGAGAUCGAUGACAUCGCGCCCCUGAAAAAGCUCCGCGUUCGCAUCGACGCGACAGGAAGUCGUCCUGAUUGGUUCCUCGACAAGAUAAUCAUGAGAAACCUGAGCACGGAGGAGGUGUAUGUUUUCACCUACGAGGAGUGGCUCUCCAAGACCAAAGGACCCAAGAGGACCAAGGUCUGUGAACUCUCUGCGGUCGUGGACGACGAGGAGAUGGUGGAGAAAACCACAUACACCAUCCAGGUUAAAACCAGUGACAGCGCUGGUCCGGCUCCUGGAUGGCAUCUGGAGUAUGUCGAUGUGAAGGACGACCUGCUGGAUCAAAUCUUCCGCUUUCCCUGCGACCGAUGGCUGGCCAAAAGUGAGGACGACGGGCAAAUCAUGAGGGAACUGGCAUGUGCCAAUAACGAUAUUCUGGAUCUCAGUGACAAGACCAAAUAUGAAAUUGAGAUCACAACAGCCAACUCUGAAGACGCCGAGACGAAGGAGAAUAUCUGGAUCAUUCUGGAGGGAAAAAAAGGACGUUCAAAGGAGUUUAUGAUGGAAAACUCAAAAAAGAAGAAGUUUUUGCGAGGUGCCACGGAUUCAUUCGAGUUUUCCUCUAAAAAUGUGGGCGAGAUCGUGGGUAUUUGUUUGGGCCAUAUAACGAAGGAGAAGAAGGUGAAGAACGAGUCUUUCUGGCACGUGCAGGAGGUGGUGAUCACGGAGAAAGAGCUGAGAAACAAAUUCUACUUCACAUGCGACGCUCGGAUUCCACUGGCGGCCAAGAAAGACGAGUUCAUGAUGUUCGAGUGCACCAAAACCGUGGAGAGCUUCGCCAGCAAAGUGCGCAGUCUGGUUCCCGUCAAAUACGAGAUCAUCAUCAUCACCGGAGACGUGAAGGAAGCCGCCACCGACGCCAACGUCUUCAUCACGCUCUACGGCGUCAACGGAGACUCUGGGAAACGAGCAUUGAAGGGGAAGUACAGGAACCUGUUCGAGAGAGGACAGACAGACCGCUUUCUGCUGGAGAUGCUGGAUCUCGGCGAACUCUUGAGGAUCAAAGUGGAGCACGACGACAAAGGCUCUUCGUCCGGAUGGUACCUGGAGUGCGUGGAGAUCACCAACACCGCCAACUGGGUGACAACCAUCUUCAUCUGCGGAAAGUGGCUGGACAGAAAUAAAGCAGAUGGACAAAUUCACAGAGUGCUGUAUCCGAAAUAUUAAACGCUUUGGAUUUUUAAAUAAAGACGUUUCAGAAAUCACACUCUUUGGGAUAAAGCAGUUUGUACUUUUUUAAAGAAAUUCAAAU